CGUUCAGCGGCUGUGCGGAUUCCAGACUCCAAAGCGGUUCUGAGUCACGGUUUGAACUGUGGCCCUUUAAGAACCAGAAACCCAAAGGCACCAGAUCUGCUCCUAAAAAUCCUACUGUUUCUGGAAUCUGUGUGAUGACCAAGGUGGUGGGCAUGGCCACAGUUCUGGGCCCCAGGCCACCUCAGGAGCCAAUGGGACCUUCGGCCAUUAAAGUUGAAGAGGACGAAGAGAAAGACAAAUGCCGGCCCAGCCUAGAGACCUCCCGUCAGCGCUUCAGGCAGUUUGGGUACCAUGACACUCCUGGGCCCCGAGAGGCACUGAGCCAGCUCCGGGUGCUCUGCUGUGAGUGGCUGCAGCCCGAGAUCUACACCAAGGAGCAGAUCCUGGAGCUGCUGGUUCUGGAGCAGUUCCUCACCAUCCUGCCCCGAGAGCUCCAGGCCUGGGUGCAGCAGCACUGUCCCGAGAGCGCAGAGGAGGCCGUCACUCUCCUGGAAGACCUGGAGCAAGAGCUGGAUGAGCCAGGACUGCAGGUCUCAUCUCCUCCAAAUGAACAGAAGCAGGCUUGGGAGAAAAUGUCAACUUCAGGAACUGCAGGGGAGUCCUUAAGCAGUACCCAGGCCCAGGCGGUGGACGCCAGCCCCAAGUAUGAGUUUUGGGGGCCCCUGUACAUCCAAGAAACUGGUGAGGAGGUUUUCACUCAGGAUUCAAGAAAGCGUCAAGGCUUUAAGUCGAACCCCCAGAAGGAACACUCCGCAGACGAGCAGAGAAGUUCUGAAGAUGAGUCCCAGGCCCACGGACUCCAGGUGGAUGUCAUCCCCCUGCCUGCUGCCAAUAAGUACGGGCCGAGGUCAGAGAGGCAGUGGGCCAACAACCUGGACAGGGAGAGAGGAGCAAAGGCCUCUCUUCACGACCCGGGCUCCAGGAAAGGGGCAGAACUAGCAUCUGCUAAGCCUGCCCCGGGAGAGAAACGUUACAUAUGUGCAGAGUGUGGGAAAGCCUUUAGCAAUAGCUCAAACCUCACUAAACACCGGAGAACACACACUGGGGAGAAGCCGUAUGUGUGCACAAAGUGUGGGAAGGCUUUCAGCCACAGCUCCAACCUUACCCUGCACUACCGAACACACCUGGUGGACCGGCCCUAUGACUGUAAGUGUGGGAAAGCCUUUGGGCAGAGCUCAGACCUCCUUAAACACCAAAGGGUGCACACCGAAGAGGCGCCCUACCAGUGUAAGGACUGUGGGAAAGCCUUCAGUGGCAAGGGCAGCCUCAUUCGACACUACCGCAUCCACACAGGCGAGAAGCCCUACCAGUGUAGUGAGUGUGGAAAGAGCUUCAGUCAGCACGCAGGCCUCAGUUCUCAUCAGCGCCUGCAUACAGGGGAGAAGCCCUAUAAGUGUAAGGAGUGUGGCAAAGCCUUCAACCACAGUUCAAAUUUUAACAAGCAUCAUAGAAUCCAUACCGGCGAAAAGCCCUAUUGGUGUAACCAGUGUGGGAAAACCUUUUGUAGCAAGUCAAAUCUUUCCAAACACCAAAGAGUCCACACUGGAGAGGGAGAGGUACUGUAA